AUGAAGGAUCAGCAGUUAUAUGAACGUUUUAAUAUGGAGCUUAAUAAUAACGACAAAGACUUCAUCGCACUCAAUGAUAUACAUGAGGUGUUUUAUAAGUAUUGGAAGAAGAAAAAGAAAUGGUUACAAAAAUUAUUACGUAUUAAUGAUAUUAAAUCAUUACCUAUACUACCCACCACUAUUAAUAGCAAUGAAACAUUUGUUGAAGUCCUGGAUACCAUCAAAUUCCUUACAUCGCAUAUUAAAACGCAACUUGAUCAAAAACAGGAUAAUGAAAUUAAAUUUUCGAAUGAUCGGAACAUUAUAGCUAAUAUCACAAAUUCACAUUUUCAAAAUAUAGGAUUAAAAGACACAAGUAAAAACAAAUUUGAUGAAAACAUAGGCUUUAAUCCUUAUUGGAAUAGAAUUUACUUACAAAGACCAAAUAUUCCUCAAGAGGCGCUUGAUACUUUAUGUAAUCCCAUAAAUAAAGAGGAAUUGAUCGAUAUUCUUAAAACACUUCCCAAUAACAAGGCACCAGGCAUAUCCAAACUUACCUAUAAAAUCUUUAAAAAACUUUUAUCGCGAUUUCUUGAUGAAUUGGUUUACUUAUAUAACUUCAUUAUUGAACAAGGCGUCAUUCCCGAUAGCUGGCAAAAAGCCCUUUUAUAUCUAAUUCUCAAACCGCAAUGGUGGGAUAACGAUAUCAAAUAUACACGUUCUAUUGUUCUGCUGGAAGUAGCAAGAAAAAUUCUGACAAAGAUUUUUAAUGAUCGCCUACAGGCCUGGUCAUAA